UGACCUUCAAAGAAUGAUAAAAUGCUCCCGUAUAAACGGACAUAAAAUCGUGCCGAGAAUUUAGUUUUAAUUCUUUUUCUUGGAACGCGGUAGUUCAAGUUGUAGACAAUUAAUACUUUUGUUACAGUGAAUAUUCAAAUACAUAUUUUAAAUUUGUAAUAAAUUACCAAGCGAAUUCUGCAUCAGUAAUGAACAGAUUGAUUGGAAAAGUUGCUGUUGUCACAGGAUCGACCCAAGGGAUCGGAUUCGCAGUAGCUAAAAGACUCGCCGCUGAAGGAGCCAAAGUAGUGGUUAGUAGUAGACAAGAAGCCAACGUAAAGGAAGCGGUAGAAAAAUUGAAACAUCUAGGCUAUCAAGAUAAUAUAAUUGGCACGGUAUGCCACGUUUCCAAACCAGAAGACCGUAAGCGAUUAUACGAAGAAGCGUUUAAUAAAUUUGGAGGCAUAGAUAUAUUAGUUUCCAGUGCAGGUGUAAACCCUCAUAUUGGAUCCACUGCUGAUUGCCCGGAAGAUAAAUGGGAUAAAAUAUUCGAUGUAAACGUCAAAAGUUCAUUUCUCCUAAUUAAAGAAGUGCUACCCUAUUUGAAGGGAAGAAACGGUGGGUCAAUUGUCAAUAUGUCAUCAAUAGCUGGGCUGAAACCUAUACAGGAGAUUGGAGCAUACAGUGUGAGUAAAAGUGCCUUAAUAGCAAUGACUAAAGUUUUCGCCAACGAGCUUGCUUCUCUCAAUAUCCGAGUCAACUGUGUAGCUCCUGGAAUGAUUCGGACUUUGUUCACUGAAUUUAUAUUUCGAGAUAAACCUCUACAAGACGCUCUUGUGUCUACAAUCCCAAUGGGAAGAGCUGGCGAGCCAAGUGAUAUAGAAGGCGUUACUGCUUUUUUGUGCUCUGAUGAAGCAAGAUACAUUACAGGAGAAACGAUCGUUGUUGCUGGUGGAACGCAUUCUAGAAUAUAAAUUUGUACUGUUGAAGAUGUUGCAUUUUUGGUUAAGUUAGGUAUCAAGUUUUGUUGAAAACUCAUCAUGUGAAUGGAGAUAAUUGUACAAAUUUUGAAAUGUAAAUUUUAAUACCUAUUAAUUUAUCAAGUGCAAGCUAUUAUACAUUACUAAUCAAAA